AUGAGAGAGCUUGUCAACAUUCCACUGGUACAUAUUCUUACUUUGGUUGCCUUCAGCGGGACUGAGAAACUUCCAAAAGCCCCUGUCAUCACCACUCCUCUUGAAACAGUGGAUGCCUUAGUUGAAGAAGUGGCUACUUUCAUGUGUGCAGUGGAAUCCUAUCCUCAGCCUGAAAUUUCCUGGACCAGAAAUAAAAUUCUCAUUAAGCUCUUUGACACCCGGUACAGCAUUCGGGAGAACGGUCAGCUCUUCACCAUCCUGAGCGUGGAAGACAGCGAUGACGGCAUUUACUGCUGCAUAGCCAACAAUGGCGUGGGAGGAGCUGCCGAGAGCUGUGGAGCUCUGCAAGUGAAGAUGAAACCUAAAAUAACUCGUCCUCCCAUAAACAUAAAAAUAAUAGAAGGAUUAAAGGCAGUUCUACCAUGUACUACAAUGGGCAAUCCCAAACCAUCAGUGUCGUGGAUCAAGGGGGACAGUGCUCUCAGGGAAAACUCCCGCACUGCGGUUCUUGAAUCCGGAAGUUUAAGGAUUCAUAAUGUGCAAAAGGAAGAUGCAGGACAUUAUCGAUGUGUGGCAAAAAACAGCCUCGGGACGGCAUAUUCCAAGUUGGCGAAGCUGGAAGUUGAGGAAGAGAGUGAACCUGAGCAAGAUACUAAAGUUUUUGCCAGAAUCCUGCGGCCUCCUGAAUCCCACAAUGUCACCUUUGGUUCCUUUGUGACCCUGCGCUGUACAGCAACAGGCAUCCCUGUCCCCACCAUCACCUGGAUUGAAAAUGGAAACGCUGUUUCUUCUGGAUCCAUUCAAGAAAGUGUGAAAGACCGAGUAAUUGACUCAAGACUGCAGCUGUUUAUCACCAAGCCAGGACUCUACACAUGCAUAGCUACUAAUAAGCAUGGAGAGAAAUUCAGUACUGCAAAGGCUGCGGCCACCAUCAGUAUAGCAGAAUGGAGUAAACCACAGAAAGAUGACAAAGGCUACUGCGCCGAGUACAGAGGGGAGGUGUGUAAUGCUGUCCUGGCAAAAGAUGCUCUUGUUUUCUUCAACAACUCCUACGCAGACCCUGAGGAGGCCCAAGAACUACUGGUCCACACUGCCUGGAUUGAACUGAAAGCCGUGAGCCCAUUCUGCCGGCCGGCUGCUGAAGCUUUACUGUGUAACCACAUCUUCCAAGAAUGUAACCCUGGGGUGGCACCUACUCCUACACCCAUUUGCAGAGAAUACUGCCUGGCAGUAAAGGAGCUCUUCUGUGCAAAAGAAUGGCUAGCGGUGGAAGAAAAGACCCACAGGGGACUCUACAGAUCUGGGAUACAUCUGCUCUCCAUGCCGGACUGCAACAAACUCCCCAGCAUGCACUGGGACCCCAUGGCCUGUACCAGACUGCCAUAUUUAGCAUUCCCACCAAUGACGUCCUCAAAGCCGAGUGUGGACAUUCCAAACGUGCCUCCCUCUUCCCUGUCUUCCUCCUCUGUCUCACCUACAUACUCCAUGACUGUAAUAAUCUCCAUCAUGUCCAGCUUUGCCAUAUUCGUGCUUCUUACCGUAACCACUCUUUAUUGCUGCCGAAGACGAAAACAAUGGAAAAAUAAGAAAAGAGAAUCAGCGGCUGUAACCCUCACUACUCUUCCUUCUGAGCUCCUGCUAGACAGACUUCAUCCCAACCCCAUGUACCAGAGGAUGCCACUUCUUUUGAAUCCCAAAUUGCUCAGCCUGGAGUAUCCCAGGAAUAACAUUGAAUAUGUGAGAGAUAUUGGAGAGGGAGCAUUUGGAAGGGUCUUUCAAGCAAGGGCUCCAGGCUUACUUCCCUAUGAACCUUUCACAAUGGUGGCAGUGAAGAUGCUCAAAGAAGAAGCCUCAGCAGAUAUGCAAGCAGACUUUCAGAGGGAGGCAGCCCUCAUGGCAGAAUUUGAUAAUCCUAACAUUGUGAAACUCUUAGGCGUGUGUGCGGUGGGGAAGCCCAUGUGCCUGCUCUUUGAAUACAUGGCCUACGGGGACCUCAAUGAGUUCCUCCGCAGCAUGUCCCCUCACCCCGGACGCAGCCUCAGUCCCAGCGACCUGACCCGCGGGGCGCAGGCCUCCAGCCCCGGCCCGCCUCCCCUUUCCUGUGCCGAGCAGCUGUGCAUCGCCAGGCAGGUGGCCGCCGGCAUGGCUUACCUCUCCGAACGCAAGUUUGUCCACCGGGAUUUGGCCACCAGGAACUGCCUUGUGGGUGAGAAUAUGGUGGUGAAAAUCGCCGACUUUGGCCUCUCUAGAAACAUCUACUCGGCUGACUACUACAAAGCCAAUGAAAAUGACGCCAUCCCCAUCCGUUGGAUGCCCCCGGAGUCCAUCUUCUACAACCGCUAUACCACGGAGUCUGAUGUGUGGGCCUACGGGGUGCUCCUGUGGGAGAUCUUCUCCUACGGCCUGCAGCCCUACUACGGGAUGGCCCACGAGGAGGUCAUCUGCUACGUGCGGGACGGCAACAUCCUCUCCUGCCCAGAGAACUGCCCCCUGGAACUGUACAAUCUGAUGCGUCUGUGUUGGAGCGAGCUGCCUGCAGACAGGCCCAGUUUCACCAGCAUCCACCGAAUCCUGGAACGCAUGUGCGAGCGGGCAGAGGGGAGUGUGGGUGUCUGA